GAGGGUCACGGGCUGGGUGACACGCCCUGCUCACUCAGAGGCUCAUAUUGGUGUAGCUGUCUGUCUCUCUGCUCUAGUCUGCAGAUAGACAGGCAGGCAGUCUGUCGACUUUACAGAACCGGGCUUUUCUUACCCUGGAAGUAUCCUGACGAGCCAGAGCCAAGGGCGGCCGGUGGGAGGAGGCAAAGAGACCGCAGCUGCUGCGCCGCACAGCCUCUUUGACAGCUUCAAGAGGAAGCAUCCACCAGCACCGACCGAUGUCUACGGACUUGUGUGAAGGCCGGGACCUCGACGGGUUAGAGCAAGCAACAGACGCACAAACCAGACUGACAGACAUCUGCGGUGGCGCAACGGGUAGCAGCAUGGCGUCCGUAGUGGAAUACUACGCUGGCAAGAAUGUGCUGAUCACGGGAGCCACGGGCUUCAUGGGAAAAGUGCUGGUGGAGAAGCUGCUGAGGUCCUGCCCUGAGGUCAAAGCCCUUUACAUCCUGGUCAGACCCAAAGCUGGGCAGUCCAUGCAGCAGAGGGUCAGCGACAUGAUGAAGUGCAAGCUUUUCGACCGUGUGAGGGAGGAAAACCCCGAUUUCCACCAGAAGAUCAUCCCAAUCAGCAGCGAGCUGACGCAGCCGGGCCUGGCCAUCAGCCCAGAGGAUGUGGAGAAGCUUACCGCCUGCAUCAACAUCGUCUUCCACUGCGCCGCCACCAUCCGCUUCGAUGAACCGCUCAAACACGCCCUGCAGCUGAAUGUGAUCGCCACACAGCAGCUCCUCAGCCUGGCCCAGCAGAUGCAUCACCUCGAGGCCUUCAUUCACAUCUCCACCGCCUAUGCAAACUGCAAUCGCAAGCACAUCGAUGAGGUCAUCUACCCGCCACCCGUCGAGCCCAAGAAACUCAUAGACUCCCUUGAGUGGAUGGACGAUGGCAUCGUGCGGGACAUAACGCCACGGCUCAUCGGCGACAGGCCCAACACGUACACCUACACCAAAGCCCUGGCUGAGUACGUGGUGCAGCAGGAGCAAGACAAGCUCAACAUUGGCAUCAUCAGACCCUCCAUAGUGGGAGCCAGUUGGCAAGAGCCCUUUCCUGGUUGGAUCGACAACUUCAACGGGCCAAGCGGCGUCUUUAUAGCUGCGGGAAAGGGUAUCCUGCGCACCAUGAGGGCCAACAACGAUGCGGUGGCAGAUCUGAUCCCUGUGGAUGUGGUCAUCAAUCUCACUCUGGCUGCUGGCUGGUACACUGCUGUACACAGACCUAAAGCGGCCCUGGUGUACAACUGCACGACCGGCGGCAUCAACCCAUUUCACUGGGGAGAGAUCGAGCAUCAUGUGAUGUCCUCCUUUAAGAGAAACCCCUUGGAGCAGGCUUUCCGAAGACCCAACGCCAACAUCACCUCCAACUACCUGAUAAACCAGUACUGGAUCCUGGUCAGCCACAAGUUCCCCGCUUUCAUCUACGACCUCUUCCUGCGUCUCUCCGGGCAGAAGCCGCAGAUGAUGCGCAUCUUCAAUCGCCUGCACAAGGCCAUCAGCCUGCUGGAGUAUUUCAGCAGCCAGGACUGGGAGUGGAACUCUGAGAACAUGAACAUGCUGAUGGGCCAGCUAACCCCUGAGGACAGGAAGACAUUUAACUUUGAUGUGCGCCAGCUGAACUGGCCCGAGUACAUUGAGAACUACUGCAUCGGCACCAAGAAGUAUGUCCUGAACGAAGACAUGUCUGACAUUCCUGCUGCCAGGCAGCACCUGAGAAAACUGAGAAACAUCCGCUACACCUUCAACACCCUGCUGAUCGUUUUCAUCUGGAGGGUGUUUAUAGCCCGCUCCCAGAUGGCCAGAAACAUCUGGUACUUUGUGGUCAGCCUCUGUUUCAAGUUCCUCUCCUACUUCCGUGCAUCCAGCACCUUAACCAUUUGAGUCUUCCUCACCGCCUCAAGCCAGAGUCAGCAGCCCUCGCGUUUAGCUGUCAGCAGGAGGAAAACAUCCACUGUGGACACUCUAAAUCCUUCUAAAUGUGGACAAGCGGGGCUCUGUACAGGUGGGAAUGGCAGUUAUGUGAAGAAGAGAGGAAAAAUGAGGUCUACUAGCCAUGAAUUAAGCAUUCAAUUUGGAUAUCUGUCAUCAGUUUGUGCACUCUUCAAACUCCAACCCCAUCCAAAAAGAAAAGUGUUGUCAUUCAUUUUGUACCUACUGUUUUCUUCUCAAAGUGGCCAAUUAUAUAUGCAACAAUAAGCCUUUUGUGUGAUUUCCAUUUUCUUUUCCACCCUCUUGAAUCUCGAUACAUCGCCUUGCCUUUAAUUACUUUUUUUUUUUCUUUUCAUACUUGAAUAAUACUGGCACUGCAUCAUUGGAGGGAAAUUUCUAAGAGAUCAUUAUAGUUCAUGUUUUUGUUUGUUUGUUUGUUUGUUUGUUUGUUUUUACUGUGGGGAUCUCCGGUUCUUGUCUUUAAUACACGGGUGAUUCCGAUAUCUGUAUGUCUUUGCAAUGAGUGCAUCCACUGCCUUUUUAACAUCUCCAAAAAAACUCACCGGUGGUUUUCCAUCUUAAUACCGAUCUCCAGUAUAUUAAGAAUAGUAUUAAAGCUAAACUCAAACUACAUGAGACACCUAUGACUACAGAUACAGAUGCCACCUUUCCUGCUGUUACAGUUGUCACUUAUUUAUGACCACAGAUGUUGAUGUUCGUACGUCUUGUUUGAAUGCUCAUCCACUUUUUUGCCUGUUUGUACAGCAGUUUGUACUGAAACUAAGUUUACUACUUUUACAUCUUUAUACCUGCGCCAAAGGCUAGUCCGACUAUAUGUGGUAGACCUUGGCUGUGUAGAUUAUAUAAAUAAGAGUAAAUCAGAGUGAAGUUUAUUUGUAUAGCCCAGUAUAUACUGCACAUUGUUUCCCAACAGUUUCUAAGCAAACUUUGUAAGAAGACAACUCCCCAAAAGUUUAGCACGUUAGGGAAAGAUAUUUCACAGGCAAAGCAAGAGUGAGUGAUUCAGUUAAAAUGGUUCAAUGCCUCAUAGUAUAGAAGAUGAAAGUUGGAGACCAUUGCAGCUAACUGCAGCAAAGGAGCCCGAAUUCAUGCCAUUGUUGCAAGUGCACAACACAGUGGAGGUUAAAAAGGAAAAAAAAGUGGGCCUAUUACUGAGCCCUGAGGGAUGCCUGACCUUAUAAAGUGAAGUUGGAGAGGGCAGUUUGAUGUAGUAGGAAGUCAGAGUGGUAAACAUGAGUUAUGUUUGAGCCAGUGGUACCCAUUCAACUUAUCCAGAGAUGUUUUCAGUGCUCCUGAGAUGCUAAUUAUGAUUUAGUGAUCAGAGUAAAGUGUUAUCUCCAUAUGAGUGAAAAGUCAUGUCCCAGUUCCAAGUAAUUCUUCCUAAAACACUAAAUAAGUGGUUCAGGUACAAAGCCAUAAGCGAUGCCUCACCUCACAGAAUGGAGAAAUAGACUGCUAUGACAAACUGAUCGAUUUAAUAAUGCAUAUUUAAAAUGAUGAAAUGGAAGUUAAAAAGAAAAUAAGUGGGCCUGGUACUCAGCCCUGAGGAAUGCCACGCCUUACAGAGUAGGGCUGGAGAGGGCAGUUUGAUUGCAUAGUAAGUCAGGUCACCUGAAAUACUGCGGAGACCUCACCAGCCUAGUCACAGUGGUAACCAUGAGUUAUAUUUGAGUUGGCAGUACCCAUUAGGUACCACUAAAAUAUAAACUGAAGAAAAUAUUGCCUGGUGCACAAGAGAGGGCACUUUUAUUUACCAAACCAAACAAUUGUGAGGAAAUGGGUCAAACUGUUCAGAAGACAAUGUCCAAUUUUGAGGUUUCUAUAAAUACAGUUGUUAUAUCUCGAGCCCUGGUUUUUCAAACACUGCUGGAAAAUUGUUUUAAAAAAGAUUUUUACCACUGUGAUUUUAACAUUAUGUUAGUGCAUAAGAGACACACACUACAACUUCAGUAGAUCCAAAGAAAAUGGGGAAAAAAACUAGUUGCUGGGAUAUCCAACGGCUUAAAGUUUUAAAAAAAAGAAAGAAAAAAAAGGCCCACACCUGUGCAGAUGAAGGCUCUCUUUUCUCUUCUGAUUUCUUGAGGCAGACUAAGAUAUCAAAAGACUCGUGAGGCACUUUAAAAUCACAUACAGCGUAAAUAUGACGCUACUGCAGAAUAAUUAAUUUAAAAGUACUGGUUAAAUUACAAUCUAAGCUGGCAUUGUAUCCCCUAUGCCAGAGUACUUCAGCUUCAUCGUCUUAAAGGGGCAGGGCACUGAGCAAUCAGAGUUGAGUUGCAUCUGGAAUAUAUGUGUGAAAGUUCAUGACCCAUUUUCAAACGAUUCUUCCUAAAUGAAGUAAAAACUAGAUAACUGGACCAAGACAGAGCCAUAAGAUAUGAGUCCAGAUUUAUAUUUAAAAAGUCCCAAGUAAAGGGCUGGGAACAUGGUUACAACUCUACUGGCAUUACAUCCUUUCUGCAUAUUUGGAAUAUCUGUAAAUAGAUGCUUGCAUAUUAUUCUUAUAGAUUACCAAAAACUUUUAUUUGACUGUUGAUUUAUUUUGGUUGAGUGUCUUCACAGAGCUUCCCACAGAGUCUACCAAAAGUGUGACCGGCCGGUAUGAUUUUUACUAAAAGAAUGAGACAGCUGUGUACAGUAUUGUAUAUGUUGCGAGGCAUUACGCUUGACAGAAUUAAAAAUACUUAACAGUGAUGAGCCUUUAUGGGAGAAAAAGGGACAAAACUAAAUGUUUAUGCAAAGCCCAUGUCUGGUGAAAUCAUGAUAACUGUCCUCUUAAUUUCAGACCCGAAACGUUGUACAAGGCCUGCAUGAUGAAGCAGUUGCAUCAGAUUGUUCUCAAAGAGCUACAGGGCUAUAUUAAUGAUGUUGUCCGUAUGGAGUUUUGCUCUUCUGUGUGUCUGUCUUGUCUUCUUGGGGUUUUUUUUCAAACGCAGAGCACUGUUGGUACCAUAAACCCCAGACUGGAGCUACUGUUACUGUAUGUAACAAACGGCAUCACUUAACCAAUGACUUCAUGUUAUUUCUGGUGUCAUUUGCAAAACGUCCGAUUACCUGUAUUCCCUGCUCUGACAACACUUUCAAGUCUGCUUGGCAAAACUGAAAUAAACUCGAAGAGUAAAGGUG